CGCGGAAAUAUCAAGCAGUAUCGCGAAUCGUCAUGUGAACGAGUGAACAUUUUCGUUCUUGUACAACAAAAUUUUGUACUUUCUACCGUAGAGAUAAUUAAGGAGUCACGAUGUUUAAGAUUGAUUUUGCAAAUAUUUUUUGCCACACGGUUCCAACUUUAAGCACGAAAUUAAUCGGAUAUUUUAGUAUCGAUGGUGAUUCGCAAUAUCAUGCCGAUUUAUCGCAACUAAAGUAUUAUAUUCCCCCUUCGGAUCCUGACAACGUGAAUUUUGAUCUCAACAUAAAUUAUAUGUCUACACGUCACAAGCCUACUUCGUAUAUUAAACUGGAUAAUAUUUUGAGGUGGAUUGCCGAUAAUUUUCAUCGAAUUGAAAAGCCAUUAUCAGCACAGGAAGAACGUUGUACUCAUUUUUACCUAAUCAGAGGUAACAUUAAUUAGGUUGGAUAUCGAUUUUAUUAGU